UGUGUUUUUCCUCCUCUGAGCCGUGUCCAUCCGUUUUUUUUUUUAAUUUUAAGAGAAUCUGAAUGAAGUUGAGACGAUGCAACGAGCGCGUCUGUUGCAAAGUGUGUGUGUGCGUUUAACGCGACUCGGGCAACUGCCAGUCGGUGCUCUGCCCGCCACAAUCCACGGAUUGCGUUAUGCAACGAGCUCGAACCCGUCUCUGACUGUGGCCCGGACACCUGUCCACCACCUGCAGCAGCGAUGCCUGGCCAGCAGCAGUAGUAGCUGCGCUGCUGCGGACAAGGGAGGCGGACGCAACAGGCGCCUGUCCGACUCACCUGCAGCACCCAUCAGCACCGAGGAUCUGUGGACGCAGCUGGAGACGUACUACCAGCAGCACAGUUUGCUCAACUACGAGCAGUGCCGACGCUUAUUGGAGAACCUUCAGGCCACACGCGCACCGGCGGCACAGGCACUCAGUGCCACACAGCUGCACUUCCUGCUUGGCUCGUGCGUGCCCGAGCUGCUGCCCGCCCAAAGCGCCCAGGAGCGGCUGCAGCUCUUCCAGAGCCUGUGGGUGCAGCUGGUGAAGCAGGGGCAGCCGACGCUUGCCCACUACUACACACAAUUGGAGGUGCUGCGCCAGAACAGGCUGCCGCUGGCGGACCAUCGGGCACUGCUGGCCGAGAUCAGCGUCUACCACGGACCCGCCGAUGCAUCGCUCUACAGCAGCCUGUUGGACAUGGCCUGCUCUGCGGGUAAUAUGCGCCAGGCCACCGAGCUGCUUGCGGAGAUGCGGGAAAAGAACUUCCCGCUGACAGAGUCCAACUUCCACGCCCUGCUCCUGGGCCACGGACGCAACAAGGAUCUGCCCGGAGUCGAGUCUGUGCUCUCCAGCAUGCGGGCUGCGGGAAUCCCGCCGAGUGCCAGCACCCAGGCGAUUCGCUUCGCGGCCUUUGCGGAGAACGAGGAGGUGGCCAAGGCGCGGGAUCUGCUGCAGGUCCACACUGGGGGAUUCACUGCCCCCCAGCUGCUGCAGAUGCUGCGCGGGGCUCUUGGUAGCCAGUCGGUGGACACCGAGCUCGUUCAGCAGCUGGUCAAGGAGCUGCCCAAGGACUAUCUGACUGGAUUCGACUUACCCCCAUCCCUGCGGAGCCUCUGCAUCGAACUGGUGCACCAGGGCCAGACCCAGCUGGUAAUCCGACUAGUGGCUGCACUGCCCACACCCACUUUCAAUGGCAACCAGAACGUGGACGAGUACGCGGCGCUCAUCCUGCAGGAGUUCUUUCGCGCUCGCGUGCCCGUGGAGGAGACGAUCCAGUUCGCUCGCGAGCUUAGCCAGCGCGGACAGAACCAGCGAGCCCUGCACCUGGUCACCGAGCUGGCCCUGCGCCGCCUGCCCGCCGCAGCUCUACGCUGCUUCGAGGCUCUCAGCGAUGCCGGAGAGGAGCUGCGUCCGCAUUACUUCUGGCCCCUGAUCCUGCACCAGCACCGGCGGGACGGCGAGAGCGGUAUGCUGCGGCUGGUCGCAGAUAUGCAGCGACUGGGUGUCGAGUGCGACGAGGACACACUGCGACAGUACCUGCUGCCCAAUCUCGUGCAGACGCUACAGGAUCCGCUGCGUGCCCUCCAGCAGCUGGAGUCGGUGGGCAUUAAGCCCUCCCAGGUCUUUGGGCACGUGAUCAUCCAGCUGCUGCAGCAGCAGCAACUUCCCGAGAUCUUGGACCUCCUGCAGCGCUAUCCCACGCGCCUCCAGCUGUCCACGCUGCUCCAACCUCUGUCCGCCAUGUCUGUCCAUGCCCGAGCCACGAAGCGCUUCGAGCUGUUCGCCCAGCUCGUGCAGGCACUGCAGCAGCGGUCGCUUCAGAAGGAAGAGGACUUUGUCGGUGCCCUGCUCCUGCAGAUGUGCGGCCCCCAGACGCGUCUGCGGCAGGAUGCCGCCUCACUGCUCAAGUUCGUGCACGAGCUGCGACGCCUGGAGCUGCAACUGUCGCCUGCCGCCGCCGAGGCUUUGCUCUCGAUCGCCCGACAAGCCACUGAGGACAGCCAGGUGCUGCAGGCGCUGGGCAAGACGCUGCAGAAGAUGCGCAACCCCAAGCUCACCCUGCCGGCCGACUCGUCCGCACAUGGCGGCUUCAUCAAGCACCCGCGCGACAUGAGCCAGGACGAGCUGGAGUGCCAUCUGAUCGAGCUCGAGGCCAAGCAGCUCAAUCCGCGCGGUGUCCUGCGCCGACUGCUGCAGUUGUCCGUGCGAAACGGUCGCCUGGAACGUGCCCAGCAGCUGCUGGCCAAGUGUCAGGCACUCAAUGUCCAGUCCAGCGCCGGCAUGCAGGCCUCCAUAUUCGAUCUGCACAUCAAGCUGCGGGAUCUGAAACGGGCACAGCAGAGCCUGGAGAAACUGCAGAGCACAUACCCAGGCUUUAUGAUCGAUGAGCACAAACUGAUUGACUUUGCCGGGCUGCUGGUGCAUGGCGGCCAGCUGGAGGCAGCCAAGCAGCUGCUGCAGCGUCGCGCCGACCAGCACAAGAUCAUUGGUGGCACCUACGUGAUCAAGAACGUGUGGCAGCUGCUCACCCAUGUGGCCCAAAUGGCCGCAGAUACCAAGCCGCAGGAGGCCGCACCGACUGGCCGCAACCUAACUCAAGAGACACUGGACUUCCUGCGGCAGCUGGGCUACUGCCAGGCCCACAAUGCGCUCCUCGGGCCCGUUGUGCGAGAGUGGCUGCUGCGCGGCGACUUGGAUGCGGCGGUGGCGGAGUUUCAGCGUCUGGCCAGCCAGCACAAGCACACGCCGCUGCAGUUCGAGCUGCUGUCACUGCUGGUGCGGCUGGGCAAUGGGGAUGCGGAGGAGCUGGCACGCUUUCCGGGCGCCACAGCGGCCACGGCCCAGCAGCACUUGGCCGCGGUAACGGCAACCGUGAGCCGUGUGCACGGGGCGGCGAACAUGAACAGCGCCCUGCUGCUGGCACUGGCCGAAUCCGGCACAGAGACGCAGCUGCGACGACUGAUCAUUAAUCCAGAGUUCCGCAUCAAUCACGAGCUGCUGCUGAAGAACUGCGAGCACCUGGGACAGGAGGGUGCCGUCCGCACCCUGCUGCGUCUGGCCCGCGGCGUGCGUGGCGUGCAGCGCAGCAUCGAUGAGCAACGCAUCUACGACAUGCUGCUCUCGCAGUUCAGCAAGAGCAAUAACUACGAGGCGGCCCUCGAUCUGUACGAGCGCCUUGAGGCCGAUGACGAGCUGAAGGUGUCGCAGGAGUUCAUUCGCAAUCUGGUGAAGCUGCUGCAGCUGAACAAUGUGGAAAUACCCAGCGGCAUAGCGUUGCGUGCCCAAAUUAGAUAGCCGCAUUUUUAGUUGUUAACUCAAGGAGACCCAACCGAUAAUCGCGAGUUGUUUUAUUGAUAAAUUGUACAAAUAG